UAAAAAAUCACAAAACAACCCAAAUGUAUUCUAAACCAAUCAAAGUUUCAAUCUUUUCACAACACACGAUUUUAGUUGAAAUCAAGAAAAUAAAAAUCUCGACUUUGAUCAUCAUCUCAUCUCUCUGACUCUCUCGGAGUUCAUCAGCAUCCGAUGAAACUCCUUCCAAGUCCAGUAACCUUCCCCUUCUUCACACCCUUAAUAAAUUCAAAGCCUUUCUUCAUCAAACCCACCAAACUCUCACUCUCCGUCUCCGUCUCUGUCCAGACUCCACCGCCGGACUUUGAUUUCCGCAACGAGAUUGCGUCGGACUCACGAGCCGCAAUCGCUAAAACUUUCCCGGAGUUGCUUGACCUCGCUGAUAACGGGACUUUGGUUCUGGUCCAGAAACAGAGCUUUGGCCCUGUUCCAUCUUGGCGCAAGGAGUUCGUUGAGCCGGAAGCGAUUUGGCUUGUGGGUACUUCUCAUAUCUCGUCGGAGUCUGCUUCCGUCGUUGAACGCGUCGUUCGUACUUUGAAACCUGAUAAUGUCGCCGUCGAGCUCUGUCGUAGCAGAGCUGGGAUUAUGUAUACUUCGAGUGUUGGAGGAGAGGCUGACACUAACUUGAAAUCUGGAGUGUUGUCGUUGACUGGAACAGGCUUUCUCGGUGCUGUAGGCCGGAGCUUAGACUUGGGAGGCCAAACUGCGUUGGCCUUGCGGCUUCUCUUAGCGGUUUUCUCUUCUAAGUUAUCUUCUGUUGCUGACCGACCUUUUGGGGAUGAGUUUCGUGCUGCUCGGAAAGCUUCUGAGGAAGUUGGUGCACAGCUGGUUCUUGGAGACAGACCCAUCGAAAUCACACUCGAAAGGGCUUGGAACUCUCUGAAAUGGGGAGAGAAGCUUAACCUGGUGAUGGCUGUGACUCGGGCAAUCACAUCUUCAUCCAGUAUAUCCGCAGCUGAGCUUAAGGAACAAGAAACAGAUGAAAGCAAUGGAAGUUUGCAGCUAUACGAACGGCUAAGUUUCUCAUACCCAUCACUCUUACUACCUCUAAUACACGAAAGAGACACCUAUCUAGCUUGGUCGUUGAAGAGGAGUAAGGCAGUGAACGGUUGUAAAACAGUAGUGGGUGUGAUCGGAAAAGGACACAUGAACGGUGUGAUCUACGCAUUGGUGUCGGACUCCGGGGAUCUUCGGUUUAGAGACUUGGUGGGAAGAGGAGAUUCAUAUAAAGGUGGUACAACAUCAUCAUCAAACGGCUGGAUUCAAAAGGUUUUAAAAAGCCUUGCAAGAGACACCAUUAUAGGGUUAUUGUUAUGGGAGUUAUAUGAACUGUAUCUCAAGUUUGUGAUGAUGAACCAAAUCCCUUCAUGAUAUUGUUACAAAAACAACUUGUCAUUGCAAAUCCAAAAAUGAUAGUGUAAAAUGGGUAUAUAUAAUAUGAUUUUUUUUUUUUCCAGA